CUAAAAGAGAGUGCUAAUGGAAUCCACAGUCUUCAGUGCGAGUCCAAGUGCAUCUUUGGGAUUUCCAAAAGGCCUCCUGGUUUGCCCGCGUCGCCUCAGCAGAUCAACGCCUUCUUCAAGAACAGCAACUACAUGAUCAUUUCCGCGCCCGAGAACCGGUACUCUUGGUUUCUCUUCACCGAAGUCGAUAAAGUCUAUGGAAAGGAUAUUCCCAGGUACACCAAGGAGGACGAACUUCAGCUUGCGGAGGAACAUUUCGGAGAUCAGUUGACCGAAACAACGACUUUCAAGGAUCUCUAUGAACACAGACUGCAAACCUCUCUUGUCAGUAUUAAAGAUCAUGUUUUCCCACGGUGGCAUUAUCGGAGGAUUAUCACGAUCGGUGACGCGGCGCACAAGUUACAUCCCAUCAGUGCCCAAGGAGGCAGUGGCGCGAUGGAGACGGCCGCCUUCCUUGUCAGCAAACUUGUUGACGCUCUUCAAGAACAAGACGCGAAAGGAUGGCUGACAGAAGGCGAAAUUGACGCAAUCUUUACUGAUGUCCAGGCAAAGCGAUUUUAA